UCUGAGCUGCCAUCAGUCCCUGCAUAAUCCAUAGGAUACAUGAGCUUGUGAACCACACUGCAAAAGGUUUUCCCCGCCUCAUAGCGAGUUUCGGUCAAGGGGCCCCCAGCGAGCGCGAACUAAGGCCAAGCACUUAUCUUUUCCACCAUUGUCUAGGUUGUGCAGCUAUAGUAACGCUGUAGGGAAGCUUAACUUGAGCUUACCGGUCGCGAGUUGUCAUAGAGCGCCGGCGGCAAAACUCAGCCUAGGCAGGCCCGCAGCACGCCUGUGACGCAGCCAUGUUGAGCAAGACUCUAACGCAGCAGGAAGCGGCGGUGCGGGACGCUCAAAUCGGGCAGCUCAGAGAGUGCAAGGUGCUCGCGGAGGAGGAGGUCGUGGAGCUCGCUGCCAAGUGCAAGGAGCUGCUGCAGCAAGAGCAGAAUGUCACGCAUGUUCGUGCACCCGUCGUGGUCGUCGGCGACACUCACGGGCAGUUCCACGACCUGAUGGAGAUUUUCAAGAUUGCUGGCCAGGCUCCCGACGCGAACUAUCUGUUCCUGGGCGACUACGUGGACCGUGGAUACUACUCGGUGGAGACUGUCUGCAUGGUUAUCGCGCUUAAGGUCCGCUUCCCCAGCCGCAUCGUAAUGAUCCGCGGCAACCACGAGAGCCGGCAGAUUACCCAGGUCUAUGGCUUCUACGAGGAGUGCCUACGCAAGUACGGCAGCGCAAAGGUCUGGCAGGUCCUCACGGACCUGUUCGACUAUCUGCCCCUCGCCGCGGUCAUUGAGAACCAGCUCUUCUGCCCGCACGCCGGCCUGUCGCCCUCCAUGGACACCCUCGACCAGAUCAACCAAAUACACCGUUUCGAGGAGGUGCCGCACGAAGGCCCCAUGUGCGACCUGCUGUGGUCGGACCCCGACGACCGCAUGGGCUGGGGUAUCUCGCCCCGUGGCGCCGGCUACACGUACGGGCAAGACAUUUCGGAGCACUUCAACCAUGUCAACGGCCUCAAGUUCAUCAUCCGCGCGCACCAGCUGGUGUCGGAGGGCUUCCUGUGGCAGCACGAGGGCGCGGUGGUGACGGUGUUCAGCGCGCCCAACUACUGCUACCGCUGCGGCAACAAGGCGGCUAUCGUGGACAUUGAUGAGAACAUGAACCACAAAAUCAUUCAGUUCGACCACGCGCCGCCGAAGGGAGCCGGUAUCACGGAGGUGAAGCGCUCCGUGCCCGACUACUUCCUUUAAGCGCGCGGACGCCGCGUGAGUUUGACAUGCCGGCGUGUGCGGUUUCGCAUAACGAUGGGGCCGAUGAAGGCGUGCGUGUCUUCGCGAUGGUGGAAGUCGCACUCUAGGUAUGGGAUGACAGUGCACGCGGGGCUGGGGAAGUGCGCUGCCGCUUUUAACGGUGGUGGCUGCUGCUGCUGGGUUGCUGGGGAUCAGCGCAGAGCAGAGAGGCACACGCGUACCGUGCAGCUGGUUAUCAUCAUCGGCCGGUUCACUUGAGUUGUGAUGCUGAGUAGGUGUGCGACAGGGUAGGAACAUAGAGCGUAGGUUUGGAGAUUUCGGAAGUUUGUGCGGGGCUGGGGGCAUUGGGCAUACGUGCUCACCUGGUGCACAGCCACACGUGCAUAAUGGGAGACAAAGCAAUUUGUGUAUGCCAUCUGCCGUGGGGAAGAAACGGAGGCAAGCCGGUGCUCGCGUGUGUACAUGCAAGAGCUUUGAUGCGUGCGAGGCUGCAUGCAAGGCCACACGAGUAAGUACAUUAUUGUCGCGCAUGCGGCACGCCAACGGCAUGGUAGGCGCUCAAGGCCGCAUGCCAGUGCAGGCAACGGAAUGCCCAAGUGUGGUAUGUUUGGUAUGGUUCUAUACGGUGGCUCGUGGUGCGUGUGUUUGAAAGCGUGUUCGGCCUGCAUGGCCCGAGUGUGAGCGGGCAAUGAGAGCAUUACAUGAGGUGGAGAAAGGUGGCGUUGAGCCGUCGAGCGAGGCUACACAUUGAAUGCUGUGGAACAGCUGUGAAGAUGCGUCAAGGUAUUGUGGCGGGAGGGCGGCAGCGGCAUCAGCAACCGCUGCAGCGAUGGUCAUAGGCGGAUAGUGUGUAAGGCAUGUAAGGGUCGAUAUGAUUUCGAGAGAGCGUGUUGAAGGGAGUUCGGGUGGGACACACCAUCCGGCUGAGUGCGGGGCAGCAGUAUCCCAUCAUGGACUUUUAGGUCGCAGGGACGGAGCAUCAGCCGUCCUGCAGCGCUUUGCAUGCAGCUACAGCCAACGCAGUUGUGACCAGCCCUGUGUGUGAUCCUGCUGACAGUUGGGGACCGGCAGCCAAAGCGUAACAGGAUGCAACUCGGAACGGAUGCGGGGAUGAGCUGUACUGUAGGCUCGUAGUCUCAAGCUGGC